AUGGAGAGUUUCCUGAGCUCAAGUUCUGAGAAGAGGGUGGUAGAUACUCCAAAGGUUUCAAUAAAAGAUGAAUCUGAACGAAGGCCUAAGAUGGGUGUUUAUGUUGACGAUGAUGGGUGGGUUCCUGUGAUCAUAUCUUGGAUCAGAAUUGUGACUUGUUUUGUGUCUAUGAUGAUCACAACAUUCAUCUGGGCAUUGAUCAUGUUUGUGCUUAUACCAUGGCCCUAUGAGAGGAUUAGGCAAGGAAACAUUUAUGGACAUGUGACUGGCAGAAUGCUGAUGUGGAUUCUUGGGAAUCCUAUAAAAAUUGAAGGUGCCGAGUACUCCAACAAGAGGGCCAUUUACAUCAGCAAUCAUGCAUCUCCAAUUGACAUAUUUCUGAUAAUGUGGUUGACUCCUACAGGUACUGUCGGCAUUGCAAAGAAAGAGAUCAUAUGGUAUCCUCUAUUUGGCCAACUGUAUGUUUUGGCCAAUCAUCUUCGUAUAGAUCGGUCCAAUCCAAUGGCAGCUAUUGAGUCCAUGAAAAAGGCAGCUCAUGCAGUUGUGAAGAACAAUCUGUCACUGAUCAUUUUUCCAGAGGGCACAAGGUCUAAAAAUGGACGACUUCUACCUUUCAAAAAAGGUUUUGUUCAUUUGGCUCUGCAAUCUGGUCUUCCAAUUGUUCCAAUGGUCCUGACAGGUACUCAUCUGGCAUGGAGAAAAGGAAGCUUACAUGUCAGACCAGCACCACUUACUGUCAAGUAUCUUCCUCCUAUAAGCACUGAAAAUUGGACAGUUAGCAAGAUUGAUGACUAUGUUAAAAUGUUACAUAACUUGUAUGCAGAAAACCUUCCCAAGUCUCAAAGACCCUCUACCUUGGAAGACUGA